UCUAGAACAUUGAGCCAUGGCAGUUAAAGUGGUUCCAAACUGCAUUAGUUCUGUAGUGUAGAUGAACCCACAAGCUCAUUUCUUCCUAAGAUGUGGUGAAGGCUCUUUCUUUGGAGGCUACAACUUACUAUCAUCUCAAGAGCUUGAAGGUCUACCUGAAAGUUCCUCUAUGUCAUCAUCUGAAAUGGUCAGGAUUUUAGAACAUUGGGCCAUGACCAUCAUAGUAGUCCCAAACUGCAUUAGUUCUGUAGUGUAGAUGAACCCACAAACUCAUUUCUUCCUAAGAUGUGGUGGAGGCUCUUUCUUUGGAGGCUACAACUUACUAUCAUCUCAAGACCUUGAAGGUCUACCUGACUGCCCCUCUGUGUCAUCAUCUGAAAUGGUCAGGAUUCUUCUGAUUCUAGAACAUUGAGCCAUGACAGUCAAAGUGGACCCAAACUGCAUUAGUUCUGUAGUGUGGAUGAACCCCCAAGCUCAUUUCUUCCUCUACUUUUGUAGGCGUUCCAUUGUUCCCAAUCAUUUUGGGGAACAGGGUUUCUGGAAGACCUUACAAAAAAUGCAUGUCACAAAGAGGUUUUUCUAGCUUCAAACCUGUUGUAGAAUAUGCACCUAUGCCAAUAUACAUGGGCAUAAGCUCAAGAUGUGGUGGAGGCUCCUUCUUUGGAGGCUUUUAAGCAGAGGCUAGAUGGCCAUCUGUUGGGAGUGCUUUGUAUGCGAUUUCCUGCUUCUUGGCAAGGGGUUGGACUGGAUGGCUCAUGAGGUCUCUUCCAACUCUAGGAUUCUAAGAAUGCAGUGGUAGAAUCAUAGAAUUCGAAGGCAUUUCAAACUCUAUGGAAUCCAACUCCAUUCUGCCAUGCUGGAAUAUACAACUGCAGUGAUACCUUGACUUAAGAAUUUAAUUUGUUCCAUGACUAUAUUCUUAACUCAAAACAUUAAACAGUGAUCAACUUUAUGGUCUUUGUUCAAAGUUGUCAUGCCUGUUGAGUUAGAGCAGAAUAUUCGAUCUCACUGCAAUGUUGUUUUGCUUUUAAUUUGAGGCUGCUCAAGGGACUUCUUUCCAGCACUUCUGACUUUUCUGCUUCCUCAGCUGUUGUCACUAUGGAUGAACGUAUUCCUGAACCUCCUUUGACUUCCUAUGAUCGAUAUCGUGCUUCCAGACAACAGAUGCCAUACUAUAGAUAUUACUCUAAACCACUCGGUCCUCCUCUAUCUCCCUUUGUCAAGAAAAGGCUGCCCAAAUAUGGGUCGCAAUACAUCCCAUUCUAUGGGCCACGGUAUUUUUCAUCCAGGACUCUUCCACUGUAUGAGAAAGGUCUUUUUUCUUCCAAGACCCUUCCGUUGUAUCAGAGAGGCCUUUAUAUUCCACCGUAUCAUCAAUCUGGAGGGGCUGGUUAUCAACCACGGGGUCUAAACCCCCGCCCAGAAUCACAUGGAACCAAACUCCCUCAAAGAAAUCUUGCCAGAAACCCAACACAGCCACAUGUAAACAUAUAUCAGCGGCAUUUGCUCCAAAGUCCAUAUAGCGGCAUGACCAAAGACCGCCAUGGAACCAUCACAAAGGGUUCAGUUCCCGGUGCACCUCGAGCUCCGUUGCCUCGCAUGACCAAAGGCCCGGUAUUAUAUUCUCCCAAAGAUUUGGAGCCACACUUGCCCAAAGCCCCUCUACCUCGUGUGACCAAAGGCCCAGUACUGUAUUCCCCCAGGGAUUUGGAACCCCAUCUCCCCAAAAGCCCGCCACCCCACAUUCCCAAAAGCCCAACAAAGCAUUCAGCCAAGAGAAUACCGCCAGUUGUGCCCACUGACUCACAACUCAAUGUAACAAAGGCUCAGCAGCAUCACACAUCAAAGAGCAUGCUGUCACGUGCCACCAAAGGCUCGCGUACAAUUGCGAGCAAAGUCCCGCGAUUCAACCUACUGAACUUCUCUAGAUCCUUACGGAAAAAAGCUUCUCGACGCAAUCGUGCGAAAACCUCCCAACCCAGUUUGGUGAAGGGUUCACAACCCUCUCUAGUCAGGGACUCUCGGGGUUCCUUAGCAAAGAGCUCUCAACCCAACCUGGUCCAUACGGCCACAUGCCCAGAUCUCAAAAAACUCUCCAGUAAUGUGAAAGUCUCCAAGACAGGGAAGAAAUAUUGCUCAGCAGCCAAGUGGCCUUUCUGAAGAACAGCGGUAGAAAUGGAAAACCACAAUCUUCCCUCAGCUGAGAAGCCGGAGGAGUAUUUGGAUCAUUUUCACGUAGUCUGCAAAACCUGAAAUACUUCUUGCAUUUUAUUGUGUUCAUGAAACCUGGUUGCCAUUUUCAUCUUUGCAGAUGUGAAAGCAUGGACUGUGAUGUGAUUUAUACAGCAACUCACAUUUAGUGGUGCGGUUCUUUGUUAGUUUUAGAACACAACAAGCGUUUUUUUAACCAUUGUUGUGAACCAUUGCUGUGAAAAAUAUAUAUAAGAUUUUGAAAGACUUGUUCUGCAGAAUAUUCGCACAUGACUUUCCCCCCACCAAAAACAUAAUUGUCUGGGCAGAAAAUAGCAUUUUAUGUCCUAAAACUAAUAUGCCUGCUUAGGAAAAUUCUAUGCAAAAAAGAUAUCCUUCUACCUAUGCAGAACAUGCUGUUGCUGGAACUUAUUCUGCAUGAAAUUUGUGCAUAGUAUUUUUACACUGAAAACAGGAUUUUUCUGCAUAGAAAAACAAGGAUCUUGCGGCUUUUUCGCAGAAUAAUUUAUUUUCUGUGUGCCAUCCCUUUUUUUGUGUCUCUGUUCUGUGUGCCCCCAAAGCCAGUCUCAAAGAUUCCAGACAUAUCUAAGGAUGACCAAUAUUUGUUUAUUUUUUUUAUAAAUAAAACAAAGUAAGACAGUC